GGCCAACGAGCCAGCGCCACCACCCUCCACCCUCCACUGACGUCGGUCGGCAAACCGCCUCUUAUCUCGGGAGCCUCAGAUAUCACCCGCAUCCGAAUUGCACAUUGACAUUGACAUUGCACACACACACACACAUACACACUGCUCCAGCCCAGACCGCAGCGACGACCCAAGCUCACCGCAAAUCCCGCUGCCUGUUUUCGCCACAACACGCCGCCGCUGUCCGUCUAGGCAAAAUUCGGCCGCCUCAAUUCGUUUCGUUCCCUCGCCCUCCUUUCCCAACACCACCACCACCACCACCACCCACGCUCCCCACCCAGUCCGGACAACGGCAGCGGCACCCAACCGCCCCAGUAAGCCAGCCCACCCACCGCCAGCCAACCAUCACGAGCCGUUUUCGCACACUGCCUCCCCCCAGAGCGCCUGCCAGAUGUUUUCCUCAUGUCCAGCCCGUCGUCCCAGCUCGAAAAUACCGCACCAGUCCUGCCGCUGAGCAUCCCGAGCCCAGUGCCUGCCGGUCCAUCACCACCCCCCGUCGCCGCUUCGUCCCAUGCGGCAUGGCCGGAUCGCGGCCAUGUCUUUGGCCCCGCGCCAGACACAGGCUCAGACAUGGCCGCAGAUGCCGAUACAUGUGCAGGUCGGGGAGCCGCUGCAGCACACGUGCAAGCGGACCUGCCAUUGCUAGGAUCAGAAGUGCCGUCAGGAUCAGCAUCAGCACCAACCCCGGUCUCGUUGCUUUCCCAAGUCCGAGCCCCUGCUCCGGCAGCCAAAACAGCACCCGCAUCCCCCUCGGCUGCCCAGGACUUGCUUCUUGCCCCUGACCAAGCCCUGCUGCCGCCCAGUGCGGCCGAUCAAAAUAAAAAGGCCCGGGGCCCCGUCCUGCAGCGCCUCAGUGGUCCGUCUCUGCUGACACAGGCUCUGGCUUCGGCUCGCGGCAUACUCUCGACAUCUUCUCCCGGUGGUGCUGGCCAUCCAGACCCGACCCGUACCUCACCCCAAACUCAAGGCAGCCAGAGUCCAUCGGGCAACUACCCGCAUACCUCCACCGCCAAGCAGGUGAACGGCUCAUCCGCAUUACCCACACCUGCCACUAGUCAUAAAGAUGUCCGCGGCGACCCGCCACCGCAAGGCGACGACGCCAGUUCCCUGACAGCCUCCCAAGCCCGUUUCGUGUCUCACUCGCUCGCCAUGCCCGCCUCAACUGUCGUCUCGACCAUCACCGUCUCGGCUUCCUCCCACUCAUCCCCACUUAACAAGCUCUAUCCGACACUGAGCCACAAUAGCGUCGACUUUGGUGUAGAUUCGAGGGCUUGGGUGCACCACGGCCUUCGGCCGCAGAACCCCAACCGGGCCAGCUCGCUCGAUGAGCUUGACCGGGAGGGUCGCCGGUCCUCUCAGAGCCCGGUGACCCCCGCUAGCGCCGCCCCAGCCGUCGAGAAAACGACGUCUGUCACGACGAAUACCCCUACUCGAGCCCCUACCCAGCACCGCACUGCGCAAGGCGAAGAUUCUAGCGGAACCCCUGACUCGAGGGGGUCCCAGAGGCCGCGGAAUGUCGAACACAGAGUGUCAAUGGGUCCAGAAAAGAUAUGGUCGAUAGGCAGCGGUGAGAGAGAUAGCUUGCGCGACGGCCAGGUCGAGAAGUCUGUGACGGAGGUUCUCUCCGGCAUUGAGCACAACAACCGCAGCCGCAAGGCGAGUCACAGCCUGCGCUUCUUCAAGGAGGGCCUGCCGGAGGAGAAGACCAAGAAAAAGGAAUCCUCGAGACACGGAGGCCAUGGGAAGGACACGUUGUCCCCCCAACUCGAAUCCAUACCGCAAGACCACGACGAUCUCGAUGAGGGCGACAAGGGCGACAAGGAGUCGGGCGUCCAUCCGUCACCUCGAGAUCUUAGCAAGGGGUUGGCUGAUCCCGGUCAGAUAACAAGAUCUCCGGCGCUGGCGGACGCGAGCCGUACAAGACUGGGCUCCGAUUACUUUGGGCAUGUUCAAGUUGUCGAUAAGACAUCAACGCUGGAAGAUUUGACAGCAAGACGACGUGAUGGCAGCAUGGCUGAAGACUACAAACUGCUCCCAGAGCCGGCACUUGGCAUGAAGGAACCGGGCCAUGAGCGCAGGAACUCUGGCGACAGCACUGCGACGGCUGGUAGUGGUGAAGACGGGGACGAUUCCAGCGAGGAGAAGAUCUCGUCGGCUGUCUUUGUGCCCCAUCAAGCUCCGCAAGAGCCCUCGGGGAUUGUGCCUACAGCGCCUGUGAGCCUUCAGCGCCAGCCGCCCGGUCAGCGAGCAGCGCCGAGAGGCGACGACUGGCUUGUCAAGGCGGACGAGCCUGAGGUUGAUCAACACGAGGAAGAAGAGCAGUCCCCCACUCGGCCAGGCCAGAACAGGGACAUCUCGGCUCUCAGAUCCGAGUCGUCUGGGAUCGAGUUCGCUCAACCCAAGCGCGUCACCGACGAGCUUGUCACAUCGACUGCCGAUGCACACAAUCACGUCCAAGCCCCAGCGCCACCACAGUUCUUGGAUGGACCGGCCGUGGAAGAGCAGUCACCGGCAGAGCCGACGUUGGAGGCCAUCGAGCUCAUUCCGUACAAGCACCAAGUCGGCGGACACACGACACUCUGGCGAUUUUCUAAGCGUGCAGUGUGCAAGCAGCUGAACAAUCGCGAGAACGAGUUCUACGAGCGUAUAGAGCGCGAUGUCGGGGAUCUUCUCGCCUUCCUUCCGAGAUACAUCGGGGUCUUGAACGUGACUUUCCACAAACAGCCACGACGCAAGUCAACGCUCAAGAGAGAGGAUGCGGCCGCCUUAGAGCGAAAGCUGAUCGACCAGGCCGCAUCAAAUGGGGCGCUGGGAAGCAAUGGGGACGCAACUCAGCAUGAGGUCCAGACCAAGGCACCAGAGAGUGCCAGGGCGAUGCCUGCGCACCAUAGAGUAAUCAGUCAAUCUCUGCAAUCAAGUCAAAUUCCGGUGCCCACUGUCACGUUUGUUGAUAAUCAACAUAUACUCCCCCGGCACCUGCUGCAGCCCUCGCCCAAGCCGCUCAUUUACGCCCAGGGCAGCCGGGUGCGGAGCAGCUCGGUUAUCACACUCUCGGGCGACUGCCAGGACGGCUCCGGGAGGAGGCUGACUCACCGCCCGACGCUGGAGGACCGUCACGCCAACAGCUGGGGCGCAACAACCGUCAACAAGCGACUCCGCAACGAGGUCUUCAACGACGUCUUCUUGAAACACCCGGUCCCGAUGCGACCACACAGACGCUCUCGAGGAACCUUUCCACGCUCGUCCCUGCCUAAUUUCCUUCGUCCAUCGACAUCGGACGCCCACAUUCCCGUUCCCAAGAGCACGCCCAUUGAAAGGGCAGAUUCGGACCCAGAUCACCCUAUCAUGGGAGAGCGGGAUCUCAUGGAAAACCAGCGCUUCCCGAGACGGCCCAAGGGGCACAGCAUCGACGCCGGUCUCUCGGUCUGCAGCGCUGCAGAUGCCGACCAAGAAAGCCCCAAAGCAGAGAAGAAGGAGGAUUGCAUUUCUCAGGACAUCAUGGGUACGAGCGCGCCAGAGCCCGAGAUACUGGGCGAAACGGUUCCAGGCAAGAGACGACGCUACUCGAGCUCUGGGCUCAGGAGGAGGGCAGAUCAGAACCUAGAGUCCAGAGGCGAUCUGCAGUACUUUCAGGAGUCAGACGACGCACAUUUUAAACCCAAACCCAGCUCCGAGGUGGACGUGGACGCUCCGCAGCCGGUGCGCGAGAACGGCAAUCACCAGGCCUCGGGGGACGUCGCUGACGGCGGGGCCUUUUCCAACUACCCUUCCACCGUUACCUCUGGGGCGGCUAGCCCGACGACGGAGCUCAAGCGGAUCUCACGCCCUAUCAACCCCAAGGAGGCGCAGACGCAGAGCGAUUCGCGGGUCGAGUACUUCCUGCUGCUCGAAGACCUAACGGCCGGAAUGAAGAGACCUUGCAUCAUGGACCUCAAGAUGGGCACACGCCAGUACGGCGUAGACGCAAACCCCAACAAGCAAAAGUCGCAGCACCGCAAGUGUGCCGGGACGACGUCACGGGAGCUUGGCGUGCGUGUGUGUGGGCUGCAGGUCUGGGACGCCAAUUCUCAGACCUACAUAUUCCGUGACAAGUACUACGGCCGCGACCUCAAGGCCGGGUCUGAGUUCCAGGGUGCACUCGAGCGGUUCCUGUACGAUGGUGUCGACCGGGCCAGUAUCCUGCGUCACAUACCCACGGUGCUGGAGAAGCUGCGUCAGCUAGAGGUGAUCAUCCGGCGACUCGACGGAUACCGCUUCUACGCGGCUAGCCUCCUGAUGUUUUACGACGGCGAUACCAGCCAGGAUGGCGCCAAUGAUAAUGACGCCACCACGAUAGAGGAUUCGACGACCGACUUUGCCACAGACACAGAGGACGUCUAUCCAAACGGGUCGGCGGUGGCGGCGCGGAAGAAGCGGCGGAACAAACGCGAGAUAGACUUCAAGAUGGCCGACUUUGCGAACAGCGUCACGCCCGCGGCGCUUGGCGACGCGUCCUCCAUGGCUGAGAAGCCCUGCCCGCCACAGCACCCGGGCGAGCCAGACCGCGGGUUCCUGAGGGGCCUGCGGAGCCUGCGCCAGUACUUUUUGAAGAUACAACGCGAGACGCGGGAAGAGCUAGGUCUCGGCCUGGCCUCGGCCGCUGCCGCCGGACACCGGAAUGGUGGCGUAACUAGAGGUGAGGGUGCCGCUACCGUUGGUGAUUACGCUGACCCUACUGAGGAUGAAUACUCGGGAGACGAAGGAUGUGUCAGUGAAUAGCGGUUGGGAUGAUUUUUGUAUCAAUGUUGGUGGGAGAAUGGGGUUGAGAAUGAUUUGUGUCUUGGGGGGAGGCAUUGUCGGGGAUAAGUGCUCCCUUUACUGUCACGAGAUUUUCCUUUUUUUUUUCUCACGGUUAUUUACGUGUCUAUCUUUUUCUUCUCUUUUCCCACUUUUCCUGUCACCUUCCGGCUCCAGAAUACCCCUUCAACCAACGUCUCACGCGGAGUUCUUCUUGGGAAAACUCAUUUACGACCUUUUUCUGUCUCUCUCUCUCUCCCCCUUUUAUAAACUCGGCGUGUGCUCUACCUCUUGCUUCAGGGUUAACUUUAUCUUGAUUGGGACCAAUUCGACGUCAGAUGGGAACCGGUCUGGGCUGCAAAAGGGAAAAAAAUACAAAGGUCACAUGGGGGAGGGAUAAAUGUUGGGAAGAGGAACGCACGGUCAGUCUCUAGCUUCACUUCUUGAUUUCGAGCCUAUCUUGGUUUCUCUUAGCUUAACGAAUGCCUUUAAUUAUAGCCUUUUCUGGCCCAG